UUUGCAGGCAACGCAUCAAAGCUACCGAAAGUAAAUAUAAAACCAUAGGCAGUGCCCCUGGUACAGAUACCAUCUCAUGGUACCAUCCCUCCAUUUUUUUCAAUUCUUUUGGCGUUCUAAUUUAUAUAUAUUUGGAUGAGAACCCUUUUCAAUCAACUUACUCCCAUCAACCUUGCCGCCACACUUUGUAACCGUUUUUCAAACUCUAACCACCUUUGCACCUCCAUCUCUGCUUCGCCGAACUUGCCCAUUAAUCAGAUUGCCCAUAUUAUUUGUUGUGUCUUGCAAGAAUGCACCAGCUUCAGUUGUCUCAAGAAAACCCAUGCAAAGAUUUUUGCUUAUGGGCUCCAAUACGACUCACGUAUAUUAACUAAAUUUGCCAUUAUGUAUGUUUCAUUCAAUAGAAUUGAUGCUGCGAGCAUCGUAUUUGAAGAUAUACCCAACCCAUGUAGUUUUCUUUGGAAUGUUAUGAUAAGGGGAUUUGCCACUGAUGGUCGGUUCCUCAGUUCUCUGGAACUGUAUUCCAAGAUGAUGGAAAAGGGCCUAAAACCCGACAAGUUUGCUUUUCCUUUUGCGCUCAAAUCUUGUGCAGGAUUGUCUGAUUUGCAGAGGGGUAAAGUAAUUCACCAGCAUUUGGUGUGUUGUGGAUGCAGCAACGAUCUAUUUGUUGAUGCGGCUUUGGUUGAUAUGUAUGCGAAAUGUGGGGAUAUUGAAGCUGCCCGGUUGGUGUUUGACAAAAUGGCCGUGAGAGAUUUGGUUUCUUGGACUUCGAUGAUUUCUGGGUAUGCCCACAAUGGUUAUAAUAGUGAGACAUUGGGGUUCUUUGAUCUUAUGCGUAGUUCUGGGGUGAUACCGAAUCGGGUUAGUAUUUUGAGUGUUCUUCUUGCUUGUGGUAAUCUGGGAGCUUUGAGGAAAGGUGAAUGGUUCCAUAGUUAUGUGAUACAAACAGGGUUUGAGUUUGAUAUCUUGGUUGCGACCGCUAUAAUGGACAUGUAUUCUAAGUGUGGCAGUUUGGAUUUGGCCCGUUGUUUGUUUGAUGAAACAGCAGGAAAAGAUUUAGUUUGCUGGAGUGCCAUGAUUGCAAGCUAUGGAAUUCAUGGUCAUGGAAGGAAGGCAAUUGAUCUUUUUGAUCAAAUGGUAAAAGCAGGAGUAAGGCCUAGUCAUGUAACAUUCACUUGUGUUCUGUCAGCUUGCAGCCAUUCAGGGUUGCUAGAAGAAGGCAAGAUGUAUUUUCAAUUGAUGACAGAGGAGUUUGUAAUCGCCCGAAAACUCAGUAAUUAUGCAUGUAUGGUGGAUCUUCUUGGUCGUGCAGGACAGCUUUCUGAAGCAGUGGACCUCAUAGAGAAUAUGCCCGUGGAACCUGAUGCAAGCAUAUGGGGUUCUUUGCUUGGUGCAUGCAGAAUUCACAAUAAUCUAGAUUUAGCCGAGAAAAUUGCAGACCAUCUUUUUCACCUAGACCCAGUACAUGCUGGCUAUCAUGUUUUACUCUCUAACAUCUAUGCUGCAAAAUCUAGAUGGAACGAGGUCGAGAAGGUAAGAAAGAUGAUGGCUAGAAGGGGAGCAAAUAAAAUUCAGGGAUUUAGUUUGGUCGAAUAUGAUAACCAAGUUCAUAAGUUUGGGGUAGGAGACAGAUCACAUCCUCAAUGGGAGAAGUUGUAUGCUAAGCUUGAAGAGUUGGCUGCACCAAUGAAACACUUGGGGUAUGUCCCCUUAACGGAUUUUGUUCUCCAUGAUAUUGAGGAAGAAGCAAAAGAGGCAGCUCUUUCCUACCACAGUGAGAGGCUGGCAAUUGCAUUUGGGCUCAUCAACACUAGUCCGGGGACUACUCUUCGCAUCACAAAGAAUCUAAGGAUUUGUGGAGAUUGUCAUAAUGCCAUCAAGCUCAUCUCAAAAAUUGUUAAUCGGGUCAUCCUUGUGAGGGACAUGCACCGGUUUCAUCGUUUUGAGGAUGGAGUUUGUUCUUGUGGGGAUUAUUGGUAACUACAUUGGGUUGAUCUUAUUCACAUUCCCAUAGGUUUUGACUAAACAUAUAUGAUUAGUUUCAUUCACGUUCCCUCAGGUUUUGAUUAAAUACAUCUAAUUUUUCU